AUGCUGGUGGGAAUCUCGCGGAGUUUAGCCAAGGAAAAAACUGUGUUAGUGUAAACUUUCUUUGGCUGACAGCAUCACAAAUCUGCUCUACAUGACAGAGACAAUUUCUCAUGCGUCGUGGCUUGUAAAGGAGCACACACUUGAGCAAAGAACUUCAUGGCUGUCUGGCAUGACAGGCGAAACUCUGUUGCCUGUUGUGCAUUACAGAGUUACACUUACACAGUUUUUUUCUUGCAUAGAGUUUCAACCCGCUUGUGCUCGCCGAGGGCGAGCAGUACCUGGCGGAUUAUUCCGUUUCGCUAUGCAAUGCAAAAGCACCGCCAUCGUACGUAGAUGUAUGAAUUACAUUACAAAUUGGGUCAGCAUGACAAAUGCAAUUUGUAAUGCUACUUCCGGUUACGCAAGACAGAGAUUUGUCAUGCGUGUCUGCGACCACUGAACGAGUGCGAUAGUACUUUUGCACAGGAUAUUCGUGGCGGGUCAACAACUCGACGACGAGCACGAAUGGAAGGUUGAGAAUAGCGAGUAUGAGCAUCAUUUUAGACCCGGAUGACUGCGCGUUGGAUUUAAUCCGGAUUCAGUUCAAACACUUUUUGCACGACGGGAACGCGGUUGCAGCGAAGAAGGACGAGAAGAUAAGCAAUAACCUCGGGGGAGUUGCACCUCCGCCGGGUAGCAGUGCGUCCGCCAUGUUCAACAGCAGCAAUCCGAACAACCUCCAAAGCCGCUUGCUGAACGUGAAAGCCAACCAGUGGUCACUCAUCCGCACGCAUCAGUGGCAGCAGGAAACCAGGAUAACAACUCCGUUUAAGACGGAGCAAUAUCCUCUGCAAAAGUAUCGUACUCGUAUUGCAAUCAUGCAUUACAAAUCGUUUCCUCUAUGUAAAUUCGCAUUACAAAUUCCACUUCUCAUGCUGAGGAAAUUUGUAAUGCAUUUAUACGAGUACUGCGAUACUUUUGCAGUUCAUAAGCAAAGCGCUCCUACAAGUACACACUACGCCAUCCAUUUACGGUACGGUGACUUGAAUCAGCUGAGAGAGGUUUUUGAGGAGCUGAAGGAGCUUAACGGGAAUGGGAGUGGUGGUGACAGCAGGAACAAUGCUGCGGCAACGUCCGGCUUCACCCUGAGCAAACAAGCGCAGUCGAAUCGCGACCGGGCUUUGGAGUCGUUGGUUUUGAAAUUACAAUCGACAUCUUCAAGUUCCUCUUCCUCCUCGUCGGCGCAAGGAAAUCAAAAUGCAAACCAGGCCGGCGGACGUCAACAACCUCCCCAGCAGCAACUGACCGUCGCGUUCGACCUGUCCCGCCUGCAGUCGCACCGGGAAAGGCAAAAUUUGCAGCUGCGGGAGUUUUUACCGCAAGACGAUCCGAGAGUGAAGCAAGGAAUUUUUUGCUUCCUGAUAAAGCCCAUGGUGAAACACCGAGGAUUGUUGCAGUUAACGGACCAAGCGCUGUAUUUCCAACCAGUGCCGAACUUUUUGGACGACUCGCCUGUGAUUCGUAUUUCCCUUGCGGAAAUCCUACACUUUUUCCCGCGGGUUUGCAAGUUGAAAGACUGCGGGCUUGAGAUUGUCUGCGAGAAAAAGGCGAGAAACUUGUUUUUGAUGUUCGAAUUUCAGAAGUUGCGAAACGCAGUAUUGCAGUUGUUGGAGAAGCUGCUGGUAGGGCGGAGCAGUGGGGCAAGUGGUGCAGAAAACGGAACGCAAAGUAGUAGACCAAGCAGCAAUAGUACAUCCCGGAUCAUGAUAAACCCCUCUUCCAAUCUGAAGCAAAUGCUGCAGCACAUGCUUUCGCUCUGGCAGAGCGGGAAGUUGUCGAAUUACCACUACUUGGAUUUCUUGAACUGUGCUGCCGGGAGGUCGGUCAACGACCUGUCGCAAUUAUGCAGGAAAACAACUGUGUAAGUGCAAAUCUGUGAUGCAGAAAGUGCAAAACUGUCACACUUGUCAUGCUGGAUGUGCGUCAUAGGCUACUUCCAUACGUGUUUCCACGUACUAGCUGCGCAUGACAGGUUUUUCCUGUAAUGCAAAGCGAAUUUGUGAUGCUGCUCUUCCUACAAAGACAAAGUUUCACUUACACAGUUUUUCUCCUGGAUAGCAAUAUCCGAUCUUCCCGUGGGUCCUAACCGAUUACCAGUCGCUGCAGAUAGAUUUGACGGAUCGGAAAAAUUUCCGGGAUCUGUCGAAGCCGUUAGGUGCGAUGAAUCCGAGCCGGUUGAGGCAAUUUCGAGAACGGAUGCGCGAAAUGCCAGCGGGACAAAAGUUUUUGUACGGUAUAAGAAGGAUCUUGUUUCAUCUUCUCAUGCUGUUUCACCUCCGAUGUGGCAGUUUGUUUGGCAUGCAUAGACUGCAUAAUCAUCACCGCCUUCAGCAAAAAAACAGGACAAACAAACACAAAUUGUCACAGGCACCCACUACUCCACGCCCGCUUACGUUCUCUACUUCCUCGUCAGGGAACUGCCAGAGUGCAUGCUCAGGCUUCACUCCGGCUCCUUUGACUCCUGGAACCGGUUAUUUCACUCCAUGGAAACCACUUACCGGGCGACGCAAGACGGCUCCGCGGUUUUGAUGGAAUUACUACCGGAGUUUUUUGUUCUGCCAACGAGCAAUAAAGACGCCCAAACAACUUUUCUGGAAAACUACCUCAAUAUUUCCACCCAAGAGGGGGACUUGCGCAACGUUUCCCUGCCACCCUGGAGCAACGGCAAACCGGAGUUGUUUCUUUCAAUACAGCGGGCGGCGUUAGAGUCCGCGAUUGUCACGGAAAUGCUGCCGAAGUGGAUUGAUCUGAUUUUCGGCUGGAAAAGCCGGGGAGAAAACGCCGACAACGCGGACAAUCUUUUUCACCCAGUUUGCUACUUGGGCCCGAAAUCGAGUGGAUUAGCUGGAUCAUCAUCCACUGGUAGUGGAAGUACAACUAGCGGCAGCCGAAACAACAAACAGGCGCAAAAUCCGGAAAUGAAUAACCAGCAGCAAAACCUCACAAACAGAGCGACGGGCAUGGUCUCUGGUGCGAUUGGCGGCUCCUUUUCCCAAAUGCUCGGCGGCAUGAGCGGUAUGAGGAACGCGUUUACGCAUUGCAAACAUGUCAGGGUCUGCAUGGAUUCGAAUUUGUGAUGCGACUUCUACAUCAUGACAAAAUCUGUCAUGCAGGGUCAGCAAAAGGACCCAUUUCCUGUUACAGAAAGGGGGCAUUUUAUUCUUAUGCGGAUUAGGCAUUGGGAUUAUACCUGCUCGGACUCUCUGAUGCUAGAGCUUGCAUGCCAGAUGAUCUGGGCUAGGCAAACGCCGCAUCACAAAUGUCUGCACUCUUCCAGACCCAGACACAUUUGCACUUGAUAGCGUUGUUGGGAAACACUUUCUUUGACAUGGACGACGAUGUUGAACACGAGAAAAACAAGCAAAAACCGAAUAGGAACAGCAGCACGAAUGAGCAGGAUGCCUUCGGCGGGACGAUAGACCAGCAGGACAAAGCGGUUUUGGAGAUCCAAAUUGAGGAAUUCGGCCGCGUAUGCAUUGCAAAAGCAUCGUAAACUUCUAGUAUGAAUGGCAUUACAAAUUUGCAGCUCAGUAACAAAAAUGUUGCAAUUUGUCAUGCUAAUUCAGGUAGAAAAUUGUAUUGGAUUUGUAAUGCAUGCCUGGUGCAAUCGAGUAUUUGCGAUGCUGUUGCAUUGCAUACCGGGUCCCGUUUCAGCUCUUCUCCGAGCCGCACCCACCAAAGAUGGUCACGCAACAGAAUUCGGACGGGAAGAAUCUGUGGACUGUGGAAAGGUUGAAGCAGGACUGGAUACAGAAUGAGCCGUGGUACGUAGCGCUAGCCGCGAUUGGGAAAGAGGGAGAAUUCCUUCAUCGCGGGGGUCCAGCAACCGCAUCAGCAGGACUACAGCUUCCGUCUGGAGGUGCGCCACGGAAUGAUGCUGGUAACACCAGAAUUAUUUCAAACGAUGUUGACCCCUUCGCCCCGAACGGGGGGAAUAGAAACAGGCAGGACGAGGAUUUUUUUGGUACUACAACUGGGACGACAAAUAAAACAGUGAACAAUCAAGACUACUCUUCUCGCAGCACUGCCUCCACCGCAGGUAGGAAAGGAUCACUUGAAAAGAACCAGAAAGGCGGAAGUUCUGCAACCGAGCCGACCAUUGUGAAUUUCUUGCCGAAAAAGCGGACAGGAUCCACAGGUGAAAACAACCUUGAUCCCCCCCACCAGCCACAGUUGCAAAAUCCGUACGCGAAAACCGCCACGCCGAAAAGCAGCAAUACGACUGCAGCCAGUAUAUCAAAUGUAAAAGUGUCUGUGUCUGGGAACUUGUGAUGCUGGGUGGCGUCUCAUGAUGAGGCUACAAAUGCUGGCUCAGCAUGACAAGUUUCUGAGCUCCUAGGUGUUGCCUAUUCUGCAUGACAAACUGCGCUCAUGCAACACAGAAAAACGGAGCUUUUGGGUAACGUGCAUGACAGAUUUAAGAGUCAUGCCAGACAAGCAUGACAAACAUGAAUUCUUCCAGACCCAGACAUUUUUACAGUUGAUACAGUAUGGUGAACGUCAGUUUCAGCGCACCGGAGCCGGAUUUCUUGAAAUCGAACAUCAAGCCGAAUGACGAUUUCUUUGACAACUCAUCUUCUUCGACGAAGAUAGAUUUCAACGUUGGUGGCGCUACUGGGCCUAGCGCAGCUUCUACCACAAUAAAUCGCAAUAAAGCAGCCAACAAUUUUUACAACAAUAAUCCGCAAAAUAAUAAGCUUCCGGAGUUCAGCUCCUGGCGGUUACAGGAGGUUAUCGCAAAUGACCCAGACGGGAAGUUAAAUACGCUGAAGGGGGAGAUCAACCAAAUGCAACACACCAGAGACAAGAUUUUUGCGGUUUGCGAGGACGGGUGUUUACGGACAUUGUGCAGAAGAACGGGCGUGCAGAGGGCGUUUCACUUGUUAUGACAGUGCACAAGAACAACUACUCCCCCUCCCCCUCGUUUGUCAUGCAAAAUGCCUAAUCCAUAUCCACUCUUUCCCUCUUCAGUCUGUUUGCAUGACAAGUUUAUUCCGAAGGAGCCCAAACUACACUAAAUGUCCGUUCUUGGAUUUAUCAUGCGGAAGCCACAUGUCUGCCGAUGCUGGUAUAGCGGUUCAUGCAACACAAAUGAGGGGGACGAGGAGAAGUUGUGGACUGUCAUGCUUGUCGAACGUGCCACUGAAAUGCCUCGCGGUGGUGGAUCUGGGAACUGUGUUUGCAGAAUUUUCGCACCUCCAAGCAGCCUCGGCUAGCAGUGUCGCAAAUGGAGCUCCUGCAUCUAAUGGUGGCGCGGCAUCAACCACGAUGUUGACAAGUAGACCUGAAGUCGAUCUGUCCCCGCUUUCCGCCCAGAACCAACAGUCUACGAUCAUCGUGGUCGGGGGUUGUGACAACGCCAUUUCCUUAUUUGAUCUACGAACGGGGGUCGUCGUUGAUCGGCUCUUUACCGCACACGCUGACACGGUGACCUGUAUGGCGCACUGCGUGGAGCAGAAUCUAGAAGCGAAAAAAAUCUGCUUGAAAAUCAUCACCGGAUCCCUGGACCAGACCGUCGCGGUCACGGAGGUGUUGCUCAGUAACACAAGUAACGGGAUGUUGAAUCCCGGAGCGGUAAAUCCAAAUACAGUAAACGUGAAGGGAAUUGGGCUGCAACUUUUGUCCACUUUUGACGAACCGGAUGAGCCUGUCUCCGCCGUCCACACAGUGAUAGCAGGCACGAGCAACUUCAUUGCGUGCGGGACGGAAACGGGAAAAGUUUGUUUGUUCACGACGGAUUCCACCGGGGUGUUCGGCGCUGCGGCGGGAAUUUCGAAGAAUGAGAUGUACUUUGAGCGGCAGUUGGAGUACAAUCAGGAAAUCAUUCAUGUGGAAAUCACAGUGAAAGGAAAAUUGCAACAGAUGAACACCAACAACUCGCUAAUCCUAACUGCCUUGGAUAAAGACGGGAAUUUGAGGCAGUACGAUAUUUCCGAAGAAAAUCAAACAGAAUUACUACGACGGCACUUAAUAUCGACUUCGCCGGAUGCGGGGAGCGGCGGGUAUGGCAUAGACCACCAGCAGCCGCCGGGGAUGAUGAUGUUAGGAGGUGGGAAUAACUCGAAGUGUGUCUCCAUGUUGGCGAUAACAACCACAACAAGAAUGACAUCGUCAACUAACAGCGGACCACCUGGACGUGGUCCUGGUCCCUCCAGCAUGACCACAAGCACAAACAGCCCGAUGCUGCUGGUAAUCAGCUACGGUGAUGGGUCUGUGCAGCUCUAUGAUGUCGCGGAAAACGCGGUGAGGAAAGUGUGGAGCUGCGGAGACGGGAAGGCGGCAAGACUGAGUAGUGCGAUCAGGGCGAACUGUGAUUCUUAUGCGGGGGUAAUGAUGGUGGAUGGAAGUUGUAGCACAGGUUUGUCUUGUGCAGGAGGGAUGGGUGCAGCAGCAACCUCGUUGGAAGAUUUUGUCUUCUGCACGGAGGACGGGUCGCUGUUUCUGGUGGGGUACUGAGGAUUUUGAUCUUCUUUACGAUUUCUGCCUACGUAGCUAGAAGUACUUCUAUCACCAAUGAGCGGCUUCUUUUUCCCGAAUAGGAACCAGCAAUGUGAUGUCCACAUCUACUCCUAACUCCCAUCAUCCACUCAUGAUAGCAUUGCAUGGAAGAAUAAGAGCCGAAACUUCUUCGAAAUUGUUGAAAAGUAGCGACACCCACACCCUCACCCAAAAAAUCAUGUUUCCCUUUACAUAGAUUCCGAGAAUUUUUUCUCCCACCGAGGACAUCAUCAACCUCUAGUAAUGCAGCGCUGCUUGCACCUGCUAACAAGCA